AUGGGGAACUCGCCGCUCUCUCGCGAAUUUUCGGGUCGUCGCCUGUCGUCCGAGGAGCGCGAGGCCAUGAAGCGGUUUGGCGACGAGGAGAUGCGGCUGCUACGAGAGACCUUCAAGGGCCUAGCCAACGGCAAAGACGGCGUCAGCGUGGACAAAGAGACUUUCCUCAAGUGCUUCCCCAUGCGAGGGCUGCUGGGCGAGCGCUUGUUUGAGGUGAUCGAUAAGGACGGCUCCGGUACGAUUCACUACAACGAGUUCGUCUACGGCCUGGCCAUUCUGUUCCGCGGGUCACGAAAGGAGAAGCUCAAGUUCGUCUUCGACCUCUACGACCUCAGCGAGUCUGGCUCCAUUUCUCGGCACGAGCUCCUGACCAUGCUGCACCAGUUUCCGGAAUCUGCGUUGGAGCUUAUCAAGCCGAAGAUGCAACACGAAGAAGCCAACAACUCUCCAGAAACGUCAAGCCCGAGCAAGCUGAUGGAUGAGGUCGAGACGCUCGUAGACCUGGCCUUUCCGACUCCGAGCCCACCUAACACGCGGCUCACGUUUGAGCAGUUCUGCCACUGGUGUGAGAACACGCCUGGCGUCACAAACUUUUUGAUGAGCGUGUUGCCUGUGGAAGACCAAACCAUGUCGAAUGGUAACGGCAGCCUCAUUUGUUUUGCGCGAAUGAGUAGCACACUGACAAACUUAUCGUACUUUAGUCGCCCAGCGGCAAAGGCGGCGGAGGGGGCCAGCAAGAAGGAGCUUGAGAAGACCCGGAAUCUGCUGCAAGAAGCUAAACACGCUUGCAACGUCGAGAGCGUGACGUCCAAGAUCCAGGUGGCUCUGGCUGAAGUGGAUCGGUUGCUCUCGCUGCCAGCAGGAACUACAGGGACGACCACAUCAGUGUCACGAUGUGGCUCCUUCACCAGCUCUAGCGGGAGCCCAACACCUUCGCAAGCGCUGGACGAGAUCCCUGGUGCCGUUCUGGUGGAGGACUCGUGCAGUGUCUCGGGAGACCUGUGGAAGCGAGGCUUGCGCCUGCGCAAGAUGAUCAAGCGCCACUACGUGCUACAAGGCAACUUCCUCUACUAUUAUGCUUCCCCAGACGACACGGCACCUCGUGGCGUGACGUUCCUAAGCGACUGCUAUGUGGAAGUACAGCCAGCCCAGAACGAGAUCGUAGAGAAGGGCGUGCACUACUUCGGCAUCGACAUCGUUCCAGAGCCCGGUAGCUCUCGUGAGAAGCGCACAGUGUUUGCUCGUUCCCUUGACGCUCAGAAACGUUGGGCCGCAGCUCUGCGUCAAGCCACCGACAAAAUCGCAAUCGAGGAAGUGUACGACGUUGGCGCUCAACUCGGCCGUGGACGCUUCUCCAAAGUCUGCGAGGCCACGCACAAAACCACCGGCGUCAAGUCGGCGGUCAAGAUCAUCGACAAAAGCAAGCUGCAGCCCACGGAGAAGGAGCUUCUGCGCACAGAGAUCGCCAUCUUGAAGCUCGUGCGCCACCCGAACAUCAUUCGCCUCUACGACGUGUACGAAGACCGCCAGUACAUUUUCAUCGUCACGGAGCUGGUUUCCGGUGGUGAAUUGUUCAAUCGGAUCGUGGGCCGAGCGAGGUACACGGAAGCCGAGGCUCGGCUCGUCAUGCGUCCGCUGCUUGAGAGCGUCAACUACUUGCACCGGUUGGGGAUCGUGCACCGCGAUCUCAAGCCGGAGAAUAUUCUGUGCGGUGAAGCGCUCACAGACCUCAAGAUCGCGGACUUUGGACUGUCGAAACUCGUGCACCCCGAAGAACUCAUGAAGAUGCCGUGUGGAACGCUGAACUACGUGGCUCCAGAGGUGCUGGCGCUUGUUGGCUAUGGUCGUGAAGCAGAUAUCUGGUCCCUUGGAGUCAUCAUGUACCUGUUGCUGCGUGGAGAGCUUCCGUUCUACGGUAAAGCCAAGAGCGAGGUCAUCCAGAAGACUCUGCAUGCUGAAGUCAACCUCGAGACGGACUCAGCCUGGCGCAACGUCUCCCCCGCAGGCAAAGCGUUGCUGAGAGGCUUGCUCACCAAAGACCCAGCGCGCCGACUUACAGCUCAGGACGCUUUACUUCACGAAUGGUUCUCGGCCAAGUCCCCGCGCCCGUCGAUAAACAGUGCUACGGGUGGGGGCCUGGUGGCGACACCACCGAAGGACAGACAUUAG